UAACUCUCUCAAGACAGUGUUCCUCAAUAGAACCUCCCAAUUCAAAUUUUGGAUUACAGUACUUUUCAUUCCAAUCAGGCGGUGGUAUGCUUUUUUGGAGCAAUUUUAUGGAACAACAAAAGACAAGAGGAUCUUACAUUCAUAAAGAUAACUUUCCAAUACCUGAAACUUGAACAUCACUUGCAUCUGUCUAAGAAUGGACAGAACCUAUUAAACUACGUUAUAUCUUCUGUACGUGUAAGACCUUCAGUACUCUGGGAAAUUAUCUGCACCAUCUCAGUCAUGGCUGGAGUGAAGCCCACAGACUUGGCCCCUACAGCUGCUGUUAAGUUCUUUGGCGCUGGAACUGCAGCCUGUUUUGCUGACCUGAUCACCUUCCCUUUGGACACAGCUAAAGUUAGGCUGCAGAUCCAGGGCGAGUCCAAGUCCUCUGAAGGGAAGAUGGUGGUGAAGUACAGAGGUGUGUUUGGCACCAUCAACACCAUGGUGAAGACAGAGGGGCCCAGGAGCCUCUACAAUGGCCUGGUGGCAGGUCUCCAGAGACAGAUGAGCUUUGCCUCGGUCCGCAUCGGCCUCUAUGACUCCAUGAAGCAGUUCUACACCCGGGGAACAGACAAUGCAGGCAUUGGGAGUCGGCUGAUGGCAGGCUGUACGACCGGGGCCAUGGCAGUAGCCUUUGCUCAGCCAACAGAUGUGGUGAAAGUGCGGUUCCAGGCUCAAGUCAGGGGAGCAGAAGCGGAGGGGGUGAAGAGAUAUAGCGGCACCAUGGAUGCCUACAGGACCAUCGCCAGGACUGAGGGCAUCAGAGGGCUCUGGAAAGGUUGUGGCCCAAACAUAACUCGUAACGCCAUAGUGAACUGUUCGGAGCUGGUGACUUAUGACAUCAUCAAGGAACUUAUCCUGCAGUAUAACAUCAUGACUGAUAACCUGCCCUGCCAUUUCACAGCAGCCUUCAGUGCUGGUUUCAUCACCACUAUUGUGGCGUCUCCUGUAGAUGUAGUGAAGACCCGGUUCAUGAACUCUACAGCUGGAAAAUACAACAGUGCUAUUAACUGUGCUGUCACGAUGAUGAGAAAUGAGGGACCCAAAGCCUUCUAUAAAGGGUUCAUGCCUUCUUUCCUUCGUCUUGCCUCCUGGAACAUCGUAAUGUUUGUCACAUAUGAGCAAAUCAAGAAACACGUGAUGAGAGCACAGCAGUCCUGGGAGUCUCCUAUCUAACCUGUCUCAUCCUGACUGACUGCUGUGUGGAUUUCUCCUACUGACUAUGAUGUUCAAGCCUUGAUCGCCUGUAUAGGCAGAGUACAUUUUCAUCUAAAGGAGGAACCACACAAGUAUUAGCCUGGUCCCUGAUAUGUUUGAGUGACAAGGAGUUGGCAUGAUAGCACAAACAGACUGACAAUCAAGCUACGACUCUGACUUCUGCACAGGAAAGUACGUGCUGGGAUGUGUGACCCAACGUGUCUCCAUGAUGCCUUGUCCCAGACAGCGAGACCAUGGGCCACACAGAGACUAUUGAUACAACUUUGUGACUCAGUAAUGGAAUGAAUGGCCUGAUAGUGGUUUAUCUAACCUGCGUUUAGGUUAGGGAUACUGUAUUAUGCUUCCUCGCUGGUCGAUAAGGUGCAUAAUGUGACCUUCAAAUGUUAUUUAAGUUGUGUUACUUAUAAUACCUAUUUGAAACGUAUGAGAACUUUACCACAAAAUAUCCAUGAACCUGGUGGUUUUGUAUUCAUAACAAAUAAUCCAACAUUCUAGUAAGCAAUGCAAUGUCAUAACCAUUCACUUUUAAAUAAGGAGGUGGUACUCUGCAUUUUACAACUGUAUGUGAAGUUGUUUGAUAUUAUUUUAUUACUGCUGAUAUGCAGUAGCUGCAAUUUUGGACCAAGCCUUGAAGAGUCCAAAAUAAUUAUGAAUAUAGGAUGACCUAAAUAUGUUAUUUAUUAUGUCCUGUUAUGUUAUUUUAGAAGUAAAAUAUUAUUUUUUUCAUUAGUAAAAUAACUGAAUUUCAGAAUAGCUGUCUGUGGUAGCCUUUUUCUGCUUAGUGUUCAGAGGUGUGUCACAUGACACCGUAUUACCUAUUUGUAACAUACUUA